AAUUGUCAGAGUUACUUGCAGCUGUUUGGAGAUGCUAAAGCUGCUUCUGUCAAGUUGUCACCUGUGCGGAUGAUUGAGAAAGGACGAGGGAAAGGUGAAACAUGGCUUCCGUUAAAAGAUAAUGGAGUAGAAGCCAGUGUUGUCAAGGCAACAAUAUCCACUAUACCCGAAACUUUUAAAGUGUUCAGCAUUCGCUUUGUCCGACUAAAUGGCAUUCUGUUCGCACGCAUAAGUUUGGAGACAUUUGGGGAAGUAUUCUCUUUGGUUAAAGUGAUUUGGUGGCCUAAAUGGUAG